AUGAUAAACUGUCAAUAAAAUAAACGAUAAAGUUUUUACAAUUUUGUAUAUGGAUAUAAUAAAGAGCAAAGGUCAACAUCCAUGAAAGUAGAGAGAUUAAGAUAGAUUACUGAAACAAGUGAAAUAAAAUAAGAUUAUUAUAAAGGAUUGUAAUUAGGCAAAACUAGCGAAAAUGCAUUAAAAAUUAUUCAUAUGAAAUUAGAAAGAUAGAGAUUAAGGAGACAAUCAUUUGAAACAAAAACAGAAAUGGAAGAAGAACAUUUACCUUAAGUAUAAUAUCCUAUUAAACCUCCAAUUCCACAUAAAACUAUUGUGAGCAAUAAAGAAAAUAUAAUUGAAAUGCCAAUUAAUUUAGCAAAAUAGAAAUAGUUUCAAAAAUUAUAUCAAAUAAAACGAAGAAGAAUAUCUUAGAGAAUGAAAAUUAAGAAAAGUGAACCAACUAUUGAUUUUAGUCCAUGGGAAAAUCAGGAUAAUCUAGAUUUUGAUUUUUAUUGA